UCAGGUCUUUGUUUUCUGCUUCCACCUCACCUCGCUUUCUCCACUUCACAUCUUCCUUCCACCCAGCCACGUGCAGAGCCGAGCCUCCUGCCCCAAGCCGUACAGCCCACACAUUCCGCGUUCCGCUGACCAAGGCGUCCGUCAUCUAGAGCUAAAGUAGAGCGUCUCCUCUUGCUAGCGUAUCCAGAUACCGAAGCAAAGGUGACUAAAGACUCGUUGCCCCCGCUGUACUCCUCUCCGCCCGUUCCGCACACACCCACCAUCACCGACCGAUCUCCUCCCCACAAACGGGCAAGGUUGACCUCCAUGUCCCUCCCCGAUGCCUACCCUCCGGUCAUAGCCACCGAAGGGAGCACGGCAUUCCAAUCGCAUAUUCUUUCCCUGCUGUCAGUGAUAUCCCAACACCCGUCUCCCGAUUAUCCAUUCCCAUCAAGUGGCGAUUCUACGCUGCAAGACAACGCUUCUGUGACGGCAAAAAAGAAUGCUACCCUUUCAACCUUUCCCGGCAAAAAGACCCCGGCUGAGGAUGCGAUUGAGCGAGCUAUUAUUGCCCUCGGUGAUCGUGUUUGGACUUCCGAGAGGACGCAGGCGCAUCUGGUAAAGGACGUCAAACGCGACGUUCCUGCCCAACCUGGUUCAGAUCUGCUUACUCCUGAUUGGACUCCUCCGGUCCCCACCCUCAACGACUCCUCUCCCGAUCCUGUUUGUCCUACCUGCACUCGGCCCGUUUCCUCCAGCGAAACCUCUUCUUUCACUCCCCAGCAGAUCGCAUCUUUCUAUCAUCCUUUUACGGCUGCCCUGUCAACGCCGCCGCCUCCUCUUCCCGAACAAAUGUUCUUCCCACAGAGCGUUCUUGCUGCUUAUGUCUCUGCUACUUCUGACAGCGAAUCGGCUGGCGAUUCUGGCAUGUCUGCCGAAAAGGAACUCGAACUUCUCAAAGCUCAAGUUCAGGACAUCGCCCGUGUGUGUAAAGCUGUCGCCACUGGUGAUCUUACUCAGAAGAUUAUUGUACCCGUUAAAGGCCAAACCAUGACUGAACUCAAAAACAUCAUCAAUGCAAUGGUGGAUCGUCUGCAAACUUUUGCCGUGGAAGUCGAGCGCGUGUCUUUGGAAGUCGGUACUGAAGGAAAACUUGGUGGACAGGCCGUCGUACCCAAUGUCGAAGGCACAUGGAAAGUCCUCACCGCCGUUGUGAAUAAACUUGCCGCCAAUUUGACUAACCAAGUGCGAAGCAUCGCAAAAGUCACGAAAGCCGUAGCAAAGGGUGAUUUAUCGGAAACCAUCGACGUAGAGGCGAGCGGUGAAAUUGCAGAAUUGAAGACUACAGUCAAUGGAAUGGUCAUGUCUCUUAGAACGUUGGCAGACGAGGUCAGCAGAGUGUCUUUGGAAGUCGGUAGUCAAGGAAAACUGGGAGGCCAAGCCAAUGUGCCGGAUGUGGAGGGAGUAUGGAAAGAUCUAACUGUCAAUGUGAAUCGAAUGUGUGAAAGUUUAACGACGCAGGUGCGAUCAAUCGGCAGUGUUACCACAGCUGUUGCUAGAGGUGACUUAAGCAAGAUGAUUGAGAUUGAAGCAGAGGGAGAAAUGGCCGUCUUGAAGAAUACUGUCAAUUCAAUGGUUCGGCAACUAACUGUAUUCGCCAAAGAAGUAACUCGAGUUGCGUUAGAAGUCGGUACCCAUGGCCAGCUGGGCGGUCAAGCCGUCGUUCCCGGUGUUGAAGGCGUAUGGGACGAUCUCACAACCAAUGUCAACAAGAUGGCCAGGAAUCUGACAGAUCAAGUGCGGGAGAUUGCCAUGGUCACAAAAGCUGUCGCUCGGGGUGACUUAUCCAAGACAGUCAAUGCCGACGUACAGGGUGAAAUUCUUGACCUGAAGUGUACUGUGAAUGAAAUGGUUGCCCAACUGACGGUAUUCGCUGCCGAGGUUACUCGUGUAUCUCUUGAAGUUGGAACGGAGGGGAAAUUGGGUGGGCAAGCCGUUGUGCCCAACGUGGAAGGCACUUGGAUGGUUCUUACGGAUAACGUUAACCUAAUGGCAUUAAACUUGACUACUCAAGUGCGUUCCGUUGCUGAAGUUACAACGGCCGUCGCUGCUGGUGAUCUUAGCAAGAAGAUCAACGUCGCCGCGUUCGGCGAGAUUCUCGAGCUUAAAAAUACGGUCAAUAACAUGGUGGAUUCACUACGUUCGUUCUCAUCCGAAGUCACCCGUGUUGCGCGAGAAGUCGGAACCGAUGGCCGACUAGGUGGUCAGGCCAAGGUUCCUGGAGUGGCCGGUACUUGGAAGGACUUGACAGAUUGUGUUAACAUCAUGGCGGCCAAUUUGACUGAACAGGUCCGAACCAUCGCGCAUGCCACUACUGCAGUAGCUCGUGGUGAUUUGACUCAAAAGGUUGUCGGCGUCAAAGUAUCCGGAGAGAUCCUCGAUCUGGUGAACACAAUCAAUAAUAUGAUUGACCAGUUAGCUAUAUUCGCGGCAGAAGUGACGCGUGUCGCUAGGGAAGUUGGUACAGAAGGAAAGUUAGGAGUGCAGGCCGAGGUUGAAAACAUUGAAGGAACCUGGCAAGAGAUCACAUCCAACGUGAACACCAUGGCCUCGAACCUGACAUCCCAAGUUCGAGCUUUUGCUCAAAUUUCCGCAGCUGCAACAGAUGGUGACUUCACAAGAUUCAUCACUGUUGAGGCGUCUGGUGAAAUGGAUAGUCUAAAAACGAAGAUCAAUCAGAUGGUCUACAAUCUCAGAGAGUCCAUUGAGAAGAACACCAAAGCGAGACAGGAAGCUGAAAUGGCCAACAGAAGUAAAUCCGAGUUCUUGGCCAAUAUGUCCCAUGAGAUUAGGACGCCGAUGAACGGUAUUAUCGGCAUGACGGUGUUGACUCUGGAAAGCGAAUUGACUAGGCAACAACGAGAGAAUUUGAUGAUUGUCUCUAGUUUGGCUGGAUCCCUGUUAACCAUCAUCGAUGAUAUCCUCGAUAUUUCUAAGAUUGAGGCGGGCCGCAUGACCAUGGAACAAAUCCCAUUCUCCCUACGUGUUGCCGUCUUCUCCGUCCUCAAAACUCUAUGUGUCAAGGCAGCCCAGAAUAAGCUGGAUCUCAUCUUUGACGUUGAUCCCACGAUGCCUGAUCAACUUAUUGGUGAUCCACUUCGUCUUCGUCAAGUCAUUACCAACCUCAUCGGUAACGCCGUGAAGUUCACUACCAAAGGUCAAGUAGCUCUUUCUUGUCGAGUCAAGCGCUACGUGACCGUCGCCGACGCUGUUGAGCUUGAAUUCUGUGUGGCGGACACGGGUAUUGGUAUCAAGCAGGAUAAGCUUGAUGUCAUUUUUGACACCUUUGCGCAAGCGGAUGGAUCUACCACUCGCAAGUACGGUGGGACUGGCCUGGGAUUGACCAUCUCCAAACGACUAGUAAAUCUGAUGAGUGGCGACCUUUGGGUUGAGUCGGAAUAUGGGCAGGGAAGUAGAUUCUAUUUCACUACUGUUGCGGAAAUGACUAGCGUACCGAGGGAUCAAAUAAUAGAGCGGCUAUCGCCUUGGUCGGGCAGAAGCGUCUUGUUUAUUGACACACUUGGUGACCAGACGGGAAUCGUGGAAAUGCUCCAAGAACUUGGUUUAAAGCCUAUUGUUAUCCAUUCUGUGAACGAUGUGUAUCUUUUGCAGGAUCAAGGCUUGACGGUAUUUGACACGAUGAUCGUUGAUUCUCUCAAAGCUGCGGGAGAACUGAGAGGCAUAGAAUAUCUUCGCUACAUCCCCAUUGUUCUUCUUGCACCAUCGAACAAACCAAGUGGACCCUCUAAUCCAUCUUUUAUCUCACUUCCCGAAUCGCGCCGCCGUCUUCUUGCCCUUCCUUCCGCCUCCGAACAACUUCUCUCACCUAUACCCGUCAAGGAUUGCUUAGAGAUGGGUAUCAACACGUACUAUACCACCCCUCUCUCCUUACAAGAGUUAUCCAACGCGAUCGUCCCUGCGCUGGAAUCCCAUCAGAUCCAACCAGGAGACACUGUUAAGGACACUAUCCUCAGCGUGUUGCUUGCGGAAGACAACCUAGUGAACCAGAAGCUGGCUGUUAAGUUGAUGGAGGUCGCCGGUCAUAAGAUCGAAGUUGCCGACAAUGGUGAAAUUGCAUUAGAGAAAUACAAGAGGCGACAGCUGGCUAGAACACCAUUUGACGUCAUUCUGAUGGAUGUUUCGAUGCCUGUGAUGGGAGGCAUGGAAGCCACGGGUCUGAUUCGCGAGUUUGAAGCGAAUGAGGGCGUACCUCGCACGCCUAUUAUUGCUCUUACAGCACACGCGAUGAUCGGUGACAAGGAGAGAUGUCUUGCGGCUGGCAUGGAUGAAUACGUCACGAAGCCUCUGAGAAGAGGCGAUUUAUUGGCAUCAAUAGCCAAAGUACUAGCUCCCAAGCAGUCUGCCAGCGGCUUGGAAAUGCCAGCCGUACCUAUUCCAGCAAAUAUCUAUGGUAGAUAACCCUCCUUUCUUUCGCCCGAUUGUCGACCUCCUUUCGGGAUUAUCUCGUCAGUAUCUUCUACCCUCUUCAACUAGAUGGCGGCCUCCAUGGUGUCGCAUCGCAAUGUUUAUACCCCACCUAGCCCCGCAUUUUUCUUUCAAGAGGUUUUCUUUUAUUUGAUUCUGCUUUCUCUCUUGGUUUAUUCGCUAAACGCACCCUCUAAACGUUAUCACAGAGGUGUACCUUGGAUUGCUUGGAAUCUUGGGUUGUCUAUGUACCACUUUUGGGACUCGAUGCGUCACGUAUUAUUUGAUAUCCUUUAUCAUCUAAGGACCGUUUCAUUCCUAGUAUUGUUCCGUACGACAAUACAAUUAUAUUAGCAUCUAGCAUUAGCACUGCUUGAUGAUUAUCGCAUACCUGGAAUGCGAAGUGAGAAGAUAUGCAGCUUGUAUUUAUUGUGUCACAAA